AUGUCAGACUUUGACCUGUCUUCCAUCCCGAUACCUCCGUCAUCACAGCCCCAAAAUCCGAGCAAUCCGUUCUGGGCCAAAGCUCAAGAACAGCUUGCUCAGAUCACAACUCCACCAUCUCAGCCAGUGCAUCAUUAUCAGGCCGUUCAUGACCCGGUUUAUCAAUCGCUUAUUCAUCAACAACAACGUGGAUUUGGUCCGCCGCCGAAUAUUGUUAGAGCCAGGUUGAGUCAAGCUUAUCAAACUGGAUUUGUCCGGCCGUCGGGGAACUCGGCCAUGAUGUAUCCAAACUUCCGACCGGCUGGUGGAAGCGCUCCGGUCAAUCGAAUGGCUUUCAGGCCUCAAUUUCCUACUCAAGGUAAGGGUUUUGAUAUAUUUUGUUGGUUUUUAGAUUGAAUUCACUAAAAAUCUUGAUUUUGUUACAUCAAACAACUUAAGGAAGUUUUAAUCUUACUUUUUCUUAUUAACUUUCAUUGAAAUUAGCACGGUUUUAUUGGAUUUUACUAAAAAUAUUAUGUUAUACGUCUAAAAACCGAUAUUGUUUUAGUGCCGGUGGUGACAGUGAAAAGCGAUCAAGGGACGUUCGUGUAUUCCGAGUUCUUUUGUCGAAUGAUUCCUAUUAGUGUAAAGUAAGUUUUUGUUUGUUUUCUUUUGUUUUUAGGCGGUUUCGGAUGUUAUACAUGAUUUAUUGGUUAGCUCGAUGUUAAAGCAAUAUUUAUCAAGCUAAUUCUUUAAAAUCUUGCUUGAUAUUUGAAGCGUAGGUAGAAUAUACUUAUUUCUAUGUUUUACAAUUUAUAAUUAGCCUUUUAAUCACUAACUUUUCAGAGAAUAUUGUGAUAGAGCGAUAGCAGCAGCUCCAAAUGAGGAAAAACAGGUAAAGUAUUACUUAAAAGAGCGGAUCUCACCGAUGUUGGACUCAGGAAUGGCUACAAGAAUUAAUUGGAAUGCUGAAAAGCUUCCACAUGAAGUAAAGUUCCAGCUCAAUAUGCAAUGGACACCAUCACAAGCUGUGAAACCAACAGCUUCUUCAAAUUCAGCUCCGAUUUCUAUUGAUUUAGGUAAUAACUAUAUUUUUUGAAGGCGUAUAAUAUUUAGAAGCUUUUAGAAAAUCAAGAGUAUUAUGUUGGUUAUUUAAAAGUAUAUUUUAGACAGUUUAGUUCAAUGAGCAAACUAAAAAUACUAAUUUAUAUUGUUUUAGGUAGCAGAAAGCGGGCGAUGGAAUCAGGUCUGCCAAAGUUUACUCCGUUGAACUUUGACAAAAAUGUUUUUGAUAAAUACGAUGCCGAGCAUGCUUCAACUUCUAAAGUAAGUUUUUUCUUAUUUUAGUUUUGUUUUUAGGAUGUCUCAACGGUUUUAUAUUACUCAUUGGUUUGAUGGAAGUGUAAUAUACGUUUUGGUGUUUUUGAUGGAAAAUUCAUUAGAUUGGGGUUGGAAAUGAAUGAAUAUGAUAGAAAACAUACUGUAGUUUGUGUUUCAAGAGCUUGUUUAGGUUUUUGAUUUAAAAAUUUCGGUAAAUAACAGAUUUUAUAUUACACUUGCAUCUGAAGGAAGUGGAAUAUAGUUUUUCGUCUCUUUGUAAGAGAAUAUGUGUUGACUGCUCUACAACGAAAGCAUAUGAUACCAAAGAUGCUAUAGGCUGUGUUUUUUGUCUAUUUACAAAAAUUUUCUUUUCAGAAGUCGAAGAAAUCCGAGAAGAAGGAGCGCAAACGUCAACAACAGCAAGCAGCAACGGCGGCGGUCCAAGUUUCAGCGAAAUUGUCGUAUGGACCAUCGAAAUAUCAGACGAUCGACGAAGAAGAUGAUAAGAAAAAGCUAGCCAGAGCACAACGGUUUUCUUCAACAUCGGCUCAAUCAGCCAACAUUAGAGUUCGGUCGGAAAAUCAACCGGUUUUGGGGCAAAGGGGUUUUUCAGUGCAAAGAAAACAGAACGGACGGAUAAAUUUGAACUCGUUGGUUGAGAAGUGUUCGUUGAAAAGAAGGAGACGGAUUGUGGGGACGUGUACGACAUUGGAGAAACCGUAUUUUAGGUUAACAACGGUGAGUUUUUAGGUUUUUUGGCUUAGUUUUUGAUGAUUAAAGCAAUAUAAUUGAAAGCAUGUUAAGCCUAAAGCCGUAAAAACCAUUAAUAAAGGUGUUAAUGAAGUAUAUUAUUUUAGGAAGCAGAUCCAGCUCAAGUCAGACCAUAUCAUAUACUAAGGCGAGCACUAGAUCACGUUCUACGAGUAUACAGAGACAAAAAAAAUGAUUAUCAUUAUGCAAAUGAUCAGCUCAAGAGCAUACGUCAAGAUAUUUUGGUGGGUUUUUGGUUAUUUUUGAAAAAAUGACAAGAACUUUCUUUACAAAACAAAAGAAUGCAAGAAAUUUCUUUACAAAUAAAAACGGCAAUAAUUUUUUUUUAUUUUUAGACUCAAGACAUUCGAAACGAGUUUGCCAUCGACGUCUAUGAACAACAUGCUUUAUUGGCCAUAAAACAUAAGGAUCGAGAGGAGUUUAAUCAAGCUCAAAAUCAACUCAAAGUUCUCUACGAGAACAUUCAAUCUGCUGUGAAUCGAUGGAAGUUCACUGCGUACCGAUUGAUAUAUUACGCUUAUGUUGAGAGCGAAUUGGGUAGGUUGAUAUAGACUUCAAAUGGGGGUUUCGGAGGGGGGGGGGGAUGAUUUUGUUUUAAGCCUAAACUUUGGUUUUUAACUUAAAAGUUGAUUUUUGAGCCUAACGUUUAUUUGCUAAGCCUAAAGAUUGAUUUAUAAGCAUAAAAUUUUUAACUUGAAGGUCGAAAUGGAAAUUUAAAAUUUAUAUUUUAAGCCUAAGAUUUGAUCUGGGUGCCUGAAGUUGGGUUUUAAAGCCUAAAAUUUGAUUUUAAGCCUAAGUUUCGAUUUUUAAUUUAAAAAUUAUUUUUUUUCAGUUUAAUAUUUGAUUUUUAAGCCUAAUAUUUGAUUUAUAUUAAUUGAUUUUAAGUCAGAAAUUUAUGUAAGCCUAAUUUUUCUGUGUUUCAGAUGCGAUUGAACUGAUGCAGAAACAUAAGGAAGCGUUCAAGAAAAGCAAGGAAAUGAAAAUGGCAAAAGACGUUUACAUGGCCUAUGCCACUCGGAAUUACACCAUCUUCUUUAAACUGCACGGCCAGGUGGACACGGUAAUCAAGCAGUUGAUGGACUUUUUUGUGGAACGAGAAAGGAAUCGCUACAUGCAGGCCAUCAUUGCUUCGUAAGUUUUGAAUUUAUUAAUUUUUUUUUAAAUUUUAGGCUCAAAGACUUAAAUUUUUAAAUUUAAGCUUACAUUUCUUAUUGAUUUGUAUAAAAUUAUGAAUUUUCAGGUUCCGCCCCACCUUGUCACUACCCCAGCUAGCCGGUAUGUUAAGCAUAGACGAGCGCACCGAACUCCCCGAUUACCUAAAGACGAUAGGAGUCGAAAUCGAUCAAAUAAACGGCCAAAAAGUGGUCGAUUUGAGAAGAUACUCCAACUUGAAGGUCCCCAACUCGUAA